AUGCUGACGGCAGAGAAGCCCCUCGACAUGGCGUCCUCCCGCACGCUCGCCGACUCGGAGAGCCAGCUCUCGCAGGGCAAAGCGGCCGAGACGAGCCCCUAUGUCUGCAAGGCCCACCACGCCAACCCGGGCCCCCUCGGCUCGGCCGGCUUCGCCACGACGCUGAUGGCGCUCUCGCUGUCGAUGCUCGGCUGCCGCGACGUGUCCAACGCGACCGUCUUCAUCGGGAACCUCUGCUUCAUCGCCGGCAUCGGCCUGCUCGUGUCGGCGCAGUGGGAGAUGGUCCGGGGCAACACGUUCGGGUACACGACACUGUCGUCGUUUGGGCUCUACUACGCGGGCUAUGGAGUGCUCCUCAUGCCUGGCAUGGGCGUCAUCGAUGCCUAUGGCGGGUACACGGCGGAAUACUACAACGCCUUCGGCUUGUACCUGCUCGUUUGGUGCAUACUCAACUCCUUCUUCCUGCUCGCCUCUCUGGCCAUAAACGUCCCCAACAUCAUCAUCUUCGCGGGCCUCGAGUUCUCCUACCUGUUCAACUGCGCCGCCCACUUCGCCAUGGCCGACGGCAACACGGCCGCCAGCGCCGCCCUGACGCGCGCGGCCGGUGCGUUCGGCGCCGUGGCCGCCGCGUCGGGCUUCUACAUGGUUGGCUACGAGCUCUGUCGGGACGUGUUCCCCUUUGAGCUGCCCGUGGGCGACACGUCGCGGUUCUUCGGCCGGCGGAAGCUGUGCUAG